AUGGACUCCCCAAUUGUCGACGGCAAGUUCCGGACAGAUAACACCCAGGCCCCACCCUCCACUGGGAGUGUUCUGGACCUCUUCUCACUCAAGGGAAAAACCGCUAUCGUCGCUGGUGCUGGUGCAGGAAUUGGCCUGGCCGUUUCCCAUGCGUUUGCCGAAGCUGGAGCGAAUAUCGCCAUCUGGUACAAUAGCAACAAAGCCACCAUUGAACGCGCCGCGGAGAUCGAGAAGAAAUAUGGAGUUCAAUGUAGAGCAUACCAAGUUAACGUUACGGACCCAGAGAAAGUCUCUGACGCCAUAAGCACCGUCGUCCAGGAAUUCAAUGGGCGCCUCGAUAUCUUCAUUGCCAACUCCGGUGUUCCCUGGACCAAGGGGGCCAUGAUAGAUGCCGACCUGGAUCAUUACCGCAAAGUCAUAAGGACAGAUGUCGACGGCGUUUACUACUGUGCCCGCGCAGCCGCCGCCCAUUGGAGACGCCAGAAAGAAAAGGGCACCGAUAUCAACGGCAAGAAGCUGGAGAAUUUCACUUAUGGAAGUUUCAUCGCCACAGCGUCGAUGAGUGCGCACGUUGUCAAUUACCCGCAGCUACAGACGGCAUAUAAUGCGGCGAAGGCGGCCGUGAUUCAAAUGUGCAAAUCUCUCGCCGUAGAAUGGGUGCGAUUCGCUCGUGCCAACUCUGUUUCGCCCGGCUAUAUCGCCACUGAGCUUUCCGACUUCAUCCCUGCUGCCACCAAGGCCAUCUGGCACGAGAAGAUCCCCAUGGGCCGCGAGGGAGAAACCCACGAACUUGUUGGUGCAUACCUGUACCUUGCAUCGAACGCUUCUAGUUACACAACUGGAACCGAUAUUAUUGUGGAUGGAGGAUAUGUCUUGCCAUGA